AUGCCCGGUUUACCCAACUUCUUUGACACCAAGGCCCAGUCGCCUGUGGGCUUUGGCCCGAAUGCCCUCAUGUCGCCAACCGCCCAUGUGGACUUCGCUGCCAUGAUCCGCACCGACUCCAGUCCUAACGUUGAGGAUGAUAGUACCUCGGCGGCGUGCAGCAGUCUGGACUGUAAUCAGUGUGCAAGCGACUGUGGUGCCAGCGAGGCCGGUGACAUCUGUCGAGAUGCCGAGUGCGGCCCAGCCUGCGACGACUAUGAAUGCGAGCGGGCUGCUUCCUGUGAAGACGUCGAGUGUCUGUCUCGCUCGCUCUCGGAGAAGGACAAAGUCGCUGCCGGCGUUUUUUCUCAGGCCAGGGCUCUUUCGACAACGGGUUGA